AUGAUCGAAUCAAAAGAUCCAAUCUCAUCCACAGUUUUGUUUGGUGGAGGAGAAUCCAAGUCUCCGUCUGCGCUGUCGGUACUAGACAAUGCUCCCAGGACUACUGCCAACGACAUCGAGAAAGCACCAAGCUUUGACCUAAUCCCACCAUACUCGGCUUUCUCGCCAUCUCGACAAUGGUGUAUAGUGCUGAUAGUUACAGCAGCUGGCUUCUUUUCGCCACUCACUGGGGCUGUCUACUUGCCUAGUUUGGUUCUUUUCGAAACGGUCUUCAAUACUUCGAGCACAGUUAUCAAUGCAUCAGUCAGUGUGUAUUGGGCGGUCUUUGGUGUAGCGCCAAUGUUCGGAGCAACACUGAGCGACUAUGGCGGGAGGAAGCUGAUCUACAUGACAUCCCUGGCUGUUUUCCUCAUUGCAAACACACUUCUGGCAGCCCUACCCCCGACAGUGGGCGGCCUGUUCACUUUGAGAAUUUUCCAGAGACUGACCACACAAUUCAAGGCUCUGGGAUCAUCCAUGGUUACCUCUAUUGGUGCAGGAACCGUAGCUGAUGUCACAGAGCCAGCAAAACGUGCAUCGCGGAUUGGAUUAUUCUUGCUUGGACCUCAACUAGGACCACUACUUGGCCCGUUCAUUGGUGGCCAAUUCUCACACCAGAGUACUUGGAGAUGGAUUUUUGGCUUUCUUUGCAAUGGAAGUGUUUACACGGGUUCAAGUUGGUUUGUUAAGCCACAUCUCCGACAAAAGCAGCUUGUACCCGAUGGCCUCUAUCCAAAGCCACCCAAACCAACGAUUGCCGGACUCUUCAAGGUUCUUAUCUUUAUCCCGAACUGUAUAUUGAGCUUCGCUUCAGCUUUCAACUUUGCGGGCCUCUCUGCGAUGUACAUUGUUUUUCCGAGAGUCUGGCAAACAAAAUAUGGAUGGGAUGGAAGCGAGACGGGCUAUGGGUAUCUGGCUCCAGGCGUUGCACUCACAGUCACCUCGUUCGCAGUCGGCCGUCUUGGGGACGUUGUCUAUCGUCGCUACAAGAUCAAGCACAAUGUUGACAGCCCACCACCCGAGAGACGUUUGGACGUACAAGUGUACGGGUACGCUGUAUCGGCCGCGGGAAAAAUGAUGUUUGGAUGGUUUGUCCUCAAGCAUUUCCAUCCAGCUGCUGGGUUAAUGGCGUCUGCGAUUGUGGCUUCAGGAACAGGUACAAUUAUGGUGUCCAGUACAAGCUAUCAGACGGAGUGUAUGCCAACGUCAGCUGCGGCGCUCAUUGCACUCUCAGGUCUACUGCGGAAUGUUGGCGCUGCGAUAGCCGCAGCCAUCAUGGACUCGCUGCUGAGUAAGAUGGGAUACGGUUGGUGCUUCACCGGACUUGGUAUUAUGGACCUUUUGUGCAUUGGUGGAUUGGUGCAUAUCCGUCUUCGCGGGCAAGCGUAUCGUGAGAAUUUGAUGAAGUAA